UUUUGGUGGAGGACAAAGUUCGAAUUGAGAUUCACAGGAAUGUGCAGUUCAUCCCAAUCCGUCUCCAGAGCUUCAUCGUUUUUUUCCUAACGCAUCAAAUGCAAUGUUCUUAGACAAGAGGCACAAGUCGAAGCUCCCGAAGGAACUGCAGGAUCUGAAUGAUUUGGAGAAGAAGCCCAGGCAGGACGACGUAGCUGCAACACUCAAUCCGGAAGUUGAUCCAUUGUCUAACAUCAAGGAGCUGAGUAGCUACAUUGAGCAGCUCGAUCAUCCACCACUGAAGCUCCCGAUUGAGAAGAUCCCCAAUUAUCCUGAAGCUCUUGACGACGAUCUCAGCAAUUUGCGCGUACCGUCUCCACCUAUUUUGGGAGCUGCAGACAUCCAGAAGGUUGAGAAUAAAUCAAUGGAUCCGGAAGCAGCGGGAAUGGCGUGUUCGUCAAACUACAGGCAAGCCAUGCAGGCCUACAAUAGGGGCUUAUUGGAUCGCACACGGAUGAACACACAGACUGAAGUGGAGCUUUUUGGGCAGUUUGUCGUGAAGAUGUUGCGCAAAAUGAAUGAACCAUCACGCUUCGCAACCAUGUCCAAGAUGUCCAGCAUUUUGUUUGAGAAUAUUCUCAGCUCCGGCUUUGCGAACACUGAGGGCAAUGGAGGUAAUGGAGGGAAUGGGGGCAAUGGAGGCACAAAUGGAGCAUCUGGAGUGAAUGGAGACGGCGGAGACGGUGAUGUUGCAAUGUCAAUGAUUGAUGCUCUGAUCAGUAAGCAUGAGUCCAAUUAGCGCUACUUUUCCCGCCAAAAAAUUGUUGCAAUUGUGAGCUUUGUAUGCAUUUUGUUUAGCUUUGUUUUAGCUUUUUGUUUAAUUAUUAUUUUUCAUUGUUAAAAAUCUUUAUAAAUUCACCUAGAAAGUCUCCACAAUAAAAGGAAUAGAGCUUUAAUCAUAAAA